AUGGACAUUGCAAUCCAAAACCCCUGGUUCCGCAGACCCUGGUUCCCCGGUUUCUUCCCAAAUCGGAUCUAUGACCAACAUUUUGGGGAGCACAUUCUGGACAAUGAGCUCUUUUCUCCAUUCUAUUCUAUGUUCUACUUUCGUCCUUAUUUCUGGCGCAUGCCUCAGUGGAUAGACAGUGGAAUGUCAGAGAUCCGAAUAGAUAGGGACCGUUUUAUUAUCAACCUGGAUGUGAAGCAUUUUUCUCCAGAGGAGUUGACCGUCAAAAUUGAUGGUGAUGCUAUUGUGAUUCAUGGCAAACAUGAGGAGCGUCAGGACGAGCAUGGCUGUGUGUCAAGAGAAUUCUGCAGGAAGUAUAAGGUUCCAGCAGGAGUGGACUACGGAGUCUUCACCUCCUCUCUGUCCUCCGAUGGUGUGCUGUGCAUCUCAGCUCCACGCAACCUGCUGGAUGUCCCUGAGCGCACCAUCCCCAUUAGCUGUGACGACAAGGGUAGCGCCCAGAAGUAA